AUGACACACCCCAACGGGCCGGAGGGACGCCGAAUCCUGGGCUGCCCGAGGGAGGAAGGAAGGAAGGGAGGAGAGCGAGCCGAGGGGCCCCCAGGUAGGCAGCACAAUGGCAACAUUGCUUGCUCGAGGGGGGUCACAUUCCUGAACCCAAGUCCACAGUCCGGGUUACCGGGCAACCGCCGAGCCUCCCCUCGGAGCUGCAGAGACCUGGCCGGACCCCAGGUGCGGAAGAGAGCCCUGGCCCCGGGCCGAGGCCCCCCAGACCAUGCCUCUCCCCAGCGAAACCGGCUUUGGGCACCGCGGCUCCAAGCCGAGCGCGGGGCCCGGGCUGAGGCGGAGGAGCUUUCUUUUCUGGGGGACCAGCGGGGUGCUGCAGGCGGCCGUGCCCUGGCAGGGGCUGGGCGGGGGCGGCAGCAGCGGCAGCAGCUCCGGCGGCCACGACAGGACCGGCACCGGGACCAGGACCAGGACCAGCAGCGGCGGCACCAGCGGCACCAGCGGCGGCGGCGGCGGCUGAGCCUGGGGCUGGCGGGGCCCGGCCUGGCCCUGCCCUGCCCUCUCGGAUGCCGACCCCGCCGGGCCCACGUCUCCCGCCAGCCCCCCCGAGGGCCGCCCGCUGAUGGCGAGCUGGCCCUGAGAUGGCCCGGCCUGGGAAGUCUGCCCCGCUGGGCUCCCGCGCCUGACCGUUGCCAUGGCGAUGAUCCUGACCCGGCCUCCCCAGAACAAAGGUGCUGCGGACUCCCUACGCCCGGAGCUGAAAACGGCAGAUGGAGAGACCUUGACCGGAAGUGCCCUCUGCAGCUGGACCAGCCGAGCCCCAGCAUCUGGGACUGCCUGCCCGAGAAGGGCCCGGACGGCGGCCUCUGGUCCAGGGAGGCGGCCGCCACCUGCUCGGUGACGAGCCUCAUCCAGGACCUGAGCCUCAGCGACCCCCACGGCCACCCGUCCGCGCCGCCCAGCAAACGGCAGUGCCGCUCCCUGUCCUUCUCGGACGAGCUGUCCGGCUGCCGGACGGCCUGGCGGCCCCUGGGCUCCAAGGUCUGGACUCCCGUGGAGAAGCGGCGCUGCUACAGCGGGGGGAGCGUGCAGCGCUACUCGGGCGCCUCCUGCCCCAUGCAGAGGAGCUCCAGCUUCAGCCUGCCUUCCCGCACCAGUGCCAGCGCCAGUGCCAGCGCGCUCUCCUCCCCGGCCCCCUCCUUGGGCCGCUGGGGGGGCCAGCCCUGCCUCGGGGCCCCGGGGGCGGCCGCCUCGGCCUCCAUCCAGCGCUCCCUCUCGUGCUCCCACGAGCGGUUCUCGCGUUCCGAGGACGGCCCCCCCUCCGCCAGCAGCACCCCUGCCUCCACCCCGGAGCCGGCCCGGCGGGCGGGCGGCCUGUCCCGCAGCCGGUCCCAGCCCUGUGUCCUUAACGACAAGAAAGCGGGAGUGAAGCGCCGGCGGCCUGAUGACCCUCAGGAGCCGAGGCCCUCCCUGGACCUCGCCAAGAUGACACAGAACUGUCAAACCUUCAACAGCCUCAGCUGCCUUAGCGCCGCGGUGGAUGACUGCUGUGGCCAGAGCCCGCUAGCCCCCAGCACGCAUCACGCCAAGUCCUGGACAGCCCUGCUCUCGGCCUCGGCCAGCACGGAAGGCAGGGAGCCCACGGGGACGCCCGGCCCGGACCCUCCUCCCGCCACCGGCCAGCGAACCCUUAGCAAAGAAGAUCUGUCCUUGGAGGAGGCGGACAGCGGCCUCCCUGAGGAGGAGCGGGCCUCAGCCUGGCCCAGCACUGGAACGGACAGGGUUGGCCUCUUCCCCUUGGAUGGCGAAUUAGACAUUGAACAAAUAGAGAACAACUAAGGGAGGGAGGCCGAGCAUGACUUAGCUUCCUCUGCGGCAGCAGCAGAGUGAGGAGCAGCCCAAAGGCGAGUGGGUUGGGGUGGGUGGCUUGUCCGGCCCAGGCCAUGGUAGGGGCCUGCUUCGAGGCCCGGAGGAGUCGCCUCCCUCUGGAGCUCCUCCUGACCGCCCCGAGGCCCGGCACUGCCCUGCCCACUCCUUGGCCACAGGGCGAGUCAGCUGGGAAAAGUAAGAGAGACCCUGCCCUGGCCGCGGCUUCCCCCGGCUCUCCCAUCGGGCUCCGGGCACCUCUAGGGCUCUGGAAGGGAAGGAAGCUUGCGUUGGGGGUCUGCGCUGCAGGCGGAGGCUCGGGGCACGUCCAGACGGCACCAGGUGCUCACGCAGGGGCGAGGAAGCUUCUGUCGGAGGGGCUGGACCUUCCUUAGAGAUGGAUGGCAGAGGCUUCCUGGAUGGCAGAGGCUUCCCAGAAGCCCUGAGUGCCCCGAUGCCAAGGGGCAAGAGCAGGCAUUAGUGGGGAGCUCCAGGAGAGACGGGCCUCUUCACAAACCCCCCAGGGGGAGCCCCGGGGCUGCCAGGACUCAGGGACCCACCCCUGCUUCUCCUUGGACCACAAGGGGGGCGGCCAGGGUCCUAAUCAGCUUGGGUCCAGCAUGCCCUGCAGGUAGGUGGGGGACCCCAGGGCCAACACCAGGCCGGGCUCUCCCCUCUGCCUCCUCAUGGCAGAAGGCUCGUGUCCAGUGCCUCGAUGGUGACUCUGUCCAGGGGUGACUGGGCAAGGCGGGGAGUGUAGGCCCCUGGGGAACCCAGAGAGCACUCCCUUUAUUCAGGGCUGCUCCCAGGCUCCGUCGGGGCCCUGUGCGAAGGCUCUGAUCGGCUCCGGGCCCUUCCCUCCUGGAGAAGCACCGGGGAGCGCGCGGCCACUUCAGGCCUGGCCCGUGGCUGCGAAUCUCCUGUCCUGGCCCCGAAGCCCUCCGUCCUUGCUGCCCUGUGUGGGAAGGUCCAGCGGCUGCAGCCCCUUUGGGCUUCCCCUCCACGUGAAGCGCUCUGCUCCUUCCCUCUUCCUUCUCUCCGCUUGUGCCUGAGGCCUCCUGGCUCUCCAGCCUCCUGCCCACCACUCUCUGGUAGGCUGAGCUGUCAGUGUAAGGAUUAUGGUGAUGCCCAUUUUACAAAAGAGGAAACUGAGGCUCCCAGAGAUUCUGGCCCAGUUAUUCAGCCAAGGUGGCGACACCAAUCCUGGCUUGGACUCACUGGAGAGCCCCUCCUCCUCCUCCUCCUGUGAUGCCACUGGGGGGGGGGGGCGGUUUUUCUCCUCCGAAAACAAGACCCGACCACACCGACAUCCCCGGGACCCAGGCACCUUCCAAGCUCUUCUCCCCGGCCCGAGCCUGCCAGCUCGCCUCCCUGCCGGGCUUCUCCCGACCAGCCCAUCAGGCCCUGAGGCGCCGGUGGGGGACGUCCCCAGGAAGGGGCCCCGAUGGGCUCAUGUUGAGUGAAAAGCCAAGAGAAGAGGGGGCGCCGCACCCUCCCACGGGCCGGGCGAGGAUCAUGCUGGAGGAGCCAAAGGCCAGAACCUGGGGGCGGCGUCGGCCUCCCUUGCCUCGGGCUGGCCCUGGGCCGGCACCAGAUUUGGCCUGUGGAUCUUCAGAGGCCGGGGGUCCCCCACGGGCCGCUCGGGCUCUGGAUGAGCGAGAGGGAGGCCUCUCCUCCGCCCCCCAGGCCGGGGAUUUCAGGGCUUGCCCAGGGCCAGCCGCGGGUGUCUGGGGACAGGACGCCCCUCCUCUCCCCAGGGAAGGCGAGGCAGGCUCUGCUGUGCCCGGGGAGGAUUCUUGAGACCCCGGCAGGCCGCGCCCGCCUCCAAGGCUGGGUUUUGUUCCCUUUUAGAGAGGAAACACGAGCACUGGAAAAGCGCCUUCACGAGCCGCUCGGUAGCACCUUCCGAGGCCCACGUGGGCUGCCCGUGGCGGGCCCGGAGGCCCUCCUUUCCGGGACGGCCGCGGAAGCAGGAACUGGGAUUUCCUGGGGGGAGACCUCAGGCCGGCCAGCGCUGGGGGUCCCGUGACCCCUCCACGCGCCUCCGGGAGCCCGGCCAGGGGGCUCCUGGGUAAAAAGGACUCCUCUAGACAGCCUCCCCCUGGAAAUCCAAAGGGCUUGUCUCGCACGCACGCACACGCACGCACAUGCACACGCACACCUGGAAAGGGCCCGGCCCCAGGCAGGGGAGGAAGCGCCCUGCCCGAGACCACGUCAAUGUCGUUUACAUGACAACAAACCCUUUUGCCUUACUCAGAAAGCGGGUGCCCCGUGCAUUGGCCUUGGGGUCCGGGGCCGCCCGGAGCACCCCCGGCUUGGGAUCUGGGUUCCAGUCUUCAGCUUUCAGAAGCCUUACUUUGCAAACCAAUGUUUUGUAGUUGGCCACCUUUGGUGAGUUUGUAUCUGAAAAUAAAGAAAACGUCCCAAUAAAGAAGGAAAAAAUCCAUCCUGAAA